AUGCAUCAUUCGUUGCAUGAAGUCCUACCGCAGGACAAGAGACCGCGUCUGGCCGAAAAGGCCAACGGAUUGUUCAUCUGGGCGAGCACCGCAUGUCGAAUGCUCACGAGUGAAACCAGAUUGAGUUCAGCCGAGGACGUAUAUGACCGUUUGAUCUCUCUGGACCAGCCAGGAGUGAUCGACGACCUAUACAAUCUUGUCUUCGAGCGGACAGACCCCGAGUACUACGCGGUCAUGUGUUCAAUGCUGGCACUGCUGCACGGUGCAUUUGAACCGCUGACAGUGGACGAUCUGGACGAUCUAGUAAAACAUGCAAAAGUACGGGGAAGUGCUAGGGCACUGGUACAGAACCUAGGAAGCGUACUCAGUGUGGAUUCAAAGACGGAUCUGAUCCAAUUUCACCACCCAACGCUGGUCGAGUACCUUCGACGGUGCUCGAUCCCCCGAGGUGGCGAUAACCGAAAUAAACUAUAUAUCGAUAUCGGCAAUGCUCACGGUCAAACAGCAUCGUGGUGUUUGAAGCGGUUCAGGUUGCCGAUUGGAGGACUCAAGUUCAACAUAUGUGAAAUCGAAUCCUCUUUCUUCCUGAACAGGCAGAUUCCGGAUCUGGAAGAGAGAAUUUCAAAGUUCAUUCCAAGGCGGCUUCGAUAUGCUGGUUUGCAUUGGUUAUUUCAUUUGGCGGAAACGGAUGACGGGUGGCGAACUAGGCUAAAGGACGGAAUCGAACACGUGAUCAAAAGCCCAUAUGUCCUAUACUGGAUGGAGGUUCUGAGUUUCACGGGAGGGGUACCAAGGGCGAUAGCGGGACUUCGAGCUGUUGCACGCCAUAAAAGAAUUGAAGAGGAGACGAGGACGAUGAUGACGGAGGUUCGACGGUUUCUAAUGGCAUUUUCGGUGCCGAUUCAAGACAGUGCUCCGCACAUCUACAUCUCAGCAUUAGCGUUCAGUCCGAGGAAGUCAAUCCUUCACAGCGAGAGACUGAAGCGGCAUGCCAAUACUCUCAAUGUGACCCAGGGAUACGAGGAGACGUAUCCUGGGCUUCCCAGGGCUCUUCGUGGUCACGGGGGAAGGUUCUACACCGUCGGAACCUCCCCAGAUGGAUCACGCAUCUUAUCGGGGUCAGGAGACAGGACGAUUCGACUAUGGGACGCAGAAACAGGGCAGCCGCUGGGGGAGCCCCUUCGAGGUCAUGAGGAUUGCGUAACGGCUGUUGCGUUCUCGCCGAGCGGGUCGCGAAUCGUCUCUGGUUCAAGAGAUGGGACUAUUCGACGGUGGGAGGCGGACAAUGGCCAGCCUCUGGGAGAGCCAUUUCGAGGGCAUGAAGGAGCUGUCUUGGCUGUUGGAUUCUCGUCAGACGGCUCGAGAAUUGUCUCCGGCUCGGAGGAUAAAACAAUUCGACUAUGGGAUGCAGAUACUGGUCAGCCUUUGGGAGGGCCACUGCGACGUCAUGAACAAGACGUAUUUGCCGUCGCAUUCUCGCCAGAUGGCUUCCGAAUUGUCUCCGGGUCGCGUGAUAGGCUAAUUCAAUUAUGGGAUGCAGAAAAUGGCCAGCCAUUGGGAGAACCACUUGAGGGUCAUGAAUUCUGGGUGAUGGCUGUCGGUUUUUCACCAGAUGGUUCACGAAUUGUCUCCGGAUCUCAUGACAAGACGGUUCGACUUUGGGACGCAGACACUGGUCAGCCAUUGGGAGAACCACUCCGAGGGCACAAAGGUCAAGUAUGCGCCGUCGGAUUUUCACCAGACGGUUCGCGCAUCGUCUCUAGCUCGGAGGACAAGACAAUUCGACUUUGGGACGCAGAGACUGGUCAACCGUUGGGGGAGCCACUCCAAGGGCACGAAGGCCAUGUCAAUGCUGUCGCAUUCUUGCCAGAUGGCUCACGCAUCGUCUCAGGCUCGUUUGAUGGGACAAUCAGAUUGUGGGACGCAGACAAUGCUCAGCCGUUGGGAGAGCUACUCCGAGAUUACGAUAGCUCGGUGGUGGCUCUCGCAUUCUCCUCUGAUCGCUCGCAAAUUGUCUCCGGGACUAGAGAAAAAACGAUUCAACUGUGGGACGCAGCCACUGGCCAGCCGCUGGGAGAACCACUCCGAGGCCAUGAAGAUUGCGUUAUGGCAGUUGCCUUCUCACCAGAUGGUUCGCGAAUCGUCUCUGGCUCGCAAGACAAGACAAUUCGACAGUGGGACGCGACCACUGGUCAGCCAGUGGGACUACCACUACGAGGCCAUGCAGAUCGGGUCUCGACUGUCAGGUUCUCGCGAGACGGGUCAAAAAUCCUCUCUGGCUCAAGUGACAACGUGAUUCGGCUGUGGGAUGCAGAGUCCGGCCAGCCAUUGGGAGAGCCAGUCCGAGGUCCUCAAGGUCCUCAACCAGCACCUUCGAUUGUCUCAAUAUCGCCAGACGGUUCCCGAGUCGUUUCUGGAUCGCUUAUGGCGCCGUUUCAAUUAUGGGAUGCAGAUACUGGCCAGGCGGUGGGAGAGCCCCUACGAGGUUAUCAAGGUUGGGUCUCGGCUGUGACGUUCUCGCCAGAUGGCUCACGAAUCGUCUCUGUCUCGUCCGACUCGACGAUUCGACUGUGGGACGCAGAGACUGGUCACCCUUUGGGAGAGCCAUUGAAAGGUCGUGGAGCUCCACUUAUUGUCGCUAGUUUGUCGCCAGACAACUCACGAAUUGUCUCUGGCUCCUAUGACGGGACGAUUCAACUUUGGGACGCAAAUACUGGCGAGCCAUUGGGGGAACCUCUUCGGGGUCAUGAAAGGGACAUCUGUACUCUCGUAUUCUCGCCUGACGGCUUGCGCAUUGCUUCUGGCUCGCUCGAUAAGACGGUUCGUCUGUGGGAUACAGAGAUUGCUGCAAGCAUUGGAAACUCGAAUAACAGAGAUAAUGCGCCUUCAAGCUCUCACUCCGAGGACGAACCUAGAGGAUGGUUGGGUCCUCUCUUCUGGUAA